GCCCCGAAUCCGACUGUUGACAAAAGACGCUGCGAGAAGGAGCGGAGGAGUCCGUUCCCCACUGGUGAGGAGGAGGUCGGCCCUGUUUCAGCUCCUGGAGGAGAUCCGCGCACGACGCCUGGUGUGUAUCCUGGAGGAUUCUUCCGCUCCUGGAAAACCGUGUGGCCGCGAGGUGAUUCGGUUUGGCGGCGGUGGUCGAACCGCAGCGGGCCGGCCCUCCUCCUCCUCCUGCUGCUACUUCUCCUCUGUCGUUCCUGCAAACCGCCCGCUCCUGGUAUGUACCGACAAUGAUGGGUCGCUCCCUGUGAGGAGUCGUUCGGGAGGAGGAGGAGGAGGCUGCGGCCUUCAGCCGCUUUCACUGGCCGGGAAUGGUGUGAGCUGAGGCGGCCGGCAGUCUGGAUCUGAGCGGGGAGCCCUCAUUCCCCCGGAGCCUCCGCGGCUCCAAGCCGCGUCCAGAGACGUCCAAGAUGGGGAGGUGCGACGGCAGAUGCACGCUGCUGGUGAUCUGCUCACUGCAGCUGGUCGCCGCCCUCCAGAGGCAAGUGUUUGAUUUUCUGGGCUACCAGUGGGCUCCAAUCCUUGCCAACUUUCUGCACAUUGUGGCCGUCAUCCUGGGCAUGUUUGGGACUGUGCAGUUCCGCUUCCGAUACCUCAUCUUUUAUGCAGUUUGGCUCGUCGUCUGGGUGGGUUGGAAUUCCUUCAUUAUCUGUUUCUACCUGGAAGUUGGAAACCUGUCUCAGGACAGGGACUUUCUCAUGACGUUCAACACGUCCCUUCAUCGUUCUUGGUGGAUGGAGCAUGGUCCAGGUUGCUUGGUAACAGCCGUGCUUGACUCUCACAUCGCUCCCGAUGACCACCAUGUCAUCACCGUCUCUGGGUGUCUUCUUGACUACCAGUACAUCGAGGUGUUGAGUUCAGCCAUUCAAAUCCUCUUAGCGCUCUUUGGCUUUGUAUACGCCUGCUAUGUGAGCAAAGUCUUCCAAGAUGACGAGGACAGCUUUGACUUCAUUGGCGGUUUUGAUUCUUACGGCUACCAACCUCCUCAGAAGUCCUCCCAUUUGCAGCUUCAGCCUCUUUACACGGCUGGUUAACUGUCGGUAGCGCACCCUUCAGGCUGAUGGUGACACUGUGAAUGGAACACAGCACGGCCGGGUAACACUCACUCUGUGCUUCACAGUUAAACUGAGGACUGGACUUAACCCAUCUAAAGAGAUGUGUCUAAGAAAGAGUCAUGCAGCCCUGAGCUCAGGGAGGAACCACCAUAGCAACAGAUGACAUGAUGAAGGAGGCAGAGGAGCUACGGGAGGGAAGGAGAGACACAAGGAGAAGGGACACCUCAGUCAACUCACAGAAGACACGCUUCACUUAACUGCCAGCUGCCAACACUCCCACUAGUGUGCGUAAUGUGUGUGUGGAACCCGGAUUAGCUGGCACUGUGUGGAUGCACCCUGGACUUAAUAACCACUCAGUGCUCCUUUGAAAAACUUUGGGUGUUUUAUGUGUGUGUGUGUGAGAGAGCGAGACAGUAUGGGGAGGUAUAAAGAUGUGUGGAUCACUCAACAAUUGAAGCACGGCUCAUACCUGUUGUCCUUUUAGAUGUGGUGAUAUCAUACUAGAGCAGUCUCCCAGUUCUGUUCCCAAAGCCAUCUUUGGUUACUCCUGUGCACAAAAAAAUUAUGGUGGCCAACACCAAUUACAUACUGAACAUUUUAAGCGCAUACAAACAGCCGCUGUCUGUUUUGUUAUCCAGCCAGAGCCAGCAGGCAAAACAAGGACAGACUGCUUAAUGUCCAUGACGGCUACAAACAUGGAAAGUUCAGUACCAGGAUAUUUAGUUUUCAAAAUAAUGAAAUGAUCUGAGGUGUUAAAUAACUUUUUUUUUUUAACAGUACAUCCUUAAUUAUAUUAAAACAUUGUUAGUAAACAA